AUGGCGACUCCAAAUGAGAUGAGUGAAGCUGAUCAAAUUAAGACAUUUAAAGAUUUUCUCGUGCAGUACAAUAAAUUAUCUGAACUAUGUUUCAAUGAUUGUAUUCAUGACUUCACGUCAAGAACUUUAAGAUCGACAGAGGAAAAAUGCACAUUAAACUGCAUGGAGAAGUAUUUAAGAAUGAAUCAAAGAGUCUCUCAAAGAUUCCAUGAAUUCCAGAUGAUAGCUAAUGAAAAUAUGUUAGCAUUAGCUCAAAAGUCUGGAAAUCCUAGU